AGAGUAAAGCGGUUCGUCAAAAUGGCGACUAGUGCCAAAACUCCGUUUAGCCAUUAUCAAAAUGGAAAAUAUGGCACUCUACCUGGGAAUCCGGGUAAUAACUCAGAGGUUACGCAGGACAUGCAUCUCAAGAUGUCAAAGAAAAUAGCACAGCUCACAAAAGUCAUUUAUGCACUGAACACAAAGAAUGAUGAACACGAAGCAGUUGUCCAGACUUUAAAAGAGCAGCAUGAAGAACAGAUACAGCAAUUGUUGUCAGAGACAAGAGAGAAAAUCCUCAAAAUCAAACAGAAAAUUGACAAUGACAGUGACCACAAACACACAAUUUCGAACCUACAGAACUGUGUGGCAGAGCAUGAGAAACACAAAAAGGAGGCCCUCAGUAAGUUUGAGGGCUACAAGAGACAGGCAGAGGAGCGUGAGAAUAAACUCAAAACCGAACAUUCGCAGAAAUACCUGGAACUAUCGCAGGAGGUCUUGUCAGCAAAACGGCAUUUCGAGGAACAGUUGUCCAAGUUUGAGUUGUGGCGAAAAGAAGCAGAUUCAGAGAAGGAGAAAGCUUUGGAAGAACAGAAACAAAUCCACACCAAAGAAAUGGAUGAACUUCGUGAUUUCUUCCGAUCCCAAAACAACGACUGGUUGAACGAAUGUGCUAAAAUAGAGGAUAAAUACAAGGCGGAACUGGAGGGACUGAGGGCCCAGAGUGAGACACUGAACAGUGAGAAACAGAAACUGACAGAAGACUAUGAAUCCAAACUUGCCAAAGCCAAGGCCUUCUAUGAGAAGGAGUUGGAAGUGUUACGAAACGCCAAGGAUAGUUCAGUGGAGGACGUCGUUAACAGAUACAAACAAGAGCAAGAGAAACUCAAGAAAGACUUCCUGUCCCAGCAGAAGGAGCUAAAGUUACAGAUAGAGCGCCUAGUCAACGAGUUGUCUGUCAGCGAGGAAAACACCGACAAACUCAGGAAGGAGCUGGACAGUCUGAGAGACAGCAUGAAAGACAAAGACGCCACCUCAUCGGGGCUCUUCCAACAGCUACAACAAGUGCGUGUGGAGGCGGCAGACGCCAGUAAGAGACUGAAGGAGCUACAGUCAGAGCUGGUGGCGACCAAGGAGCGGUGCAGUCAGCAGGCGGAGGACCUCAACAGGAAGUCAGUUCACAUUGGACAACUGGAAGGAACCGUUGUCCAGAAGACGUCUAAGAUUAAAGAACUGGAGGACGAGAUCAGGAAACUAAAGGACCGCUUGUCAUGGCUGGAGUCGGAGCGGAAGUCCCUGGAGAACCAGAAAGAGUCCCUUUCAGAGAGUCAGCAGUCUCAGCUCAAGUCACUUGAAAGGUCUUUGGAGGAUCUGUCGAUUGAAAAGCAGACAAUGAUGACUCGGCUAGAGAAAGAGAUUCAGUCGCUAAAGGAGAAGUCGGCGACCAGAGAGAGGGAGCUGACAGAGCAGCACACCAGCCAGGUACAGCAGCUCAACCAGGCCCACUCCCAGAGUCUGGAGAUGACCAAGAAGAAGGCGGACGAUCAGCUGACGCAGACCAAGGAGGAAAUGCUGAAGAAGUACCAUGAAGAUGUUGAGAGAUUAAACAAGGACAAAUCUUCAUUGCUGGAUGAGUUUGAGAGAACUAAGCAAGAGUUACACAACAAGCUGGCAGCCGCUGAAGCAGAGGUUCAGCGACUGGAGAAAAUUGUCAAGGACAGCGAGAGCGGUCUGGGAACCGCCUCGAGCCAGAUCAACAGCUUAAAGGAUGCCUCUCAUCGCCUCAAGUCCGAACUUGAGAAAACCAGAGAGGAGCUCCGAACAUCCAAAACCAACGCUGCAAAUCUUAAGUUGGAGUUAGACAAAUUACAGAACCUGUAUGAUGCUAAGAUGAUAGAAGCCCAGGCAGAGCUCAAAACUAAACUGGAGAAAUUGUCUGUGGACUUGGAAUCCAAGUGGUCCGAAACUCUCAAGAAGGAGACGAUGGAAUUGAGGCGAGAUCUGACUCAUCAAAAGGAGGAGGAGAAGAAGGCGGCCCUUCAGCAGCUGUCACGCCUCAAAGACGAGGAGAUUGCUGCCUCAAAACGAGGCUGGGAAAACAUCGUCAAUGAGCUACAGAGACAGGUAAAUGAGCUGAAGAGUAAAUUAAACAACGCUGAGACAGUCAGUGCUGGCGAGCUGGAGAGACUUCAGAGAGAGGCUGCGGAGGAAAAGCGCCGCCUAGAGGAGAGAAUGGCACAAGCUGCUGAGGAGUUUGCACAGGAAGUGGCAGCCAUUGAAGCAAAGCAUGCUGCAGAGUUACAAGCUCUCAUCAAACAGAAAGAGGAGGAAAUUCAGGAGAUGGAGAGCAGUCUGAAAACUAAGCACAUGCAGGAUAUCCAGACGUCACUGACGGCGCACCGAGCGGCCCUAGACGGACAGAAACUGGAGGGGGAGAAGCUGAGGCAGCAAGCCCUGGAGGAGCAGAAAACCGCUCACCAACAGCAGUUAGAGAAAACAAAGGAAGAGCUUCAUGAGCGUCACAUGACUCAUGUCACCGAGAUCACGGAGUCCCACCAACAGCAGCUGGAGGCUGCUCGACUCGAGCUGGAGCGAGCUGUCGAAAUAUCUCACCAAAGAGACAGAGACCACUGCAUGCAGAUCGAGGAGCUGAAGGCAGAGAUCACACAGAGAGAGCGACACAUUAAAAACCUUCAGGAGGAGAUCCAGAAACUGAAGAACAACAUCGACAAACUGACGCGAGAGCUGGAGCAGAAGGCCAAGGAAAUGCUCAAAGUCCGCAACGACGCAAACCUUCAGAUCAAGAAAAAAGAGGAAGUGCUUCACAAGCGCCAUCUGCAAGAGAUUGAAAACAUAAAGCAAGACUUUUCUCGAGAAUCUGAGUCAAUGAUGUCCGAGUUUACAGAGGCUCAAGAAAUACUCAAGGACAAAAUUUCAGAGUUACAAAUCAUGUUAGAGGAGGCGGAGGAGAAAUACAACAAUCGCGACUCCCGUCCUGAGGAUCUGGAACUUAUUCAGCAGUUAAGGGACGCCAUCUCUGAGAGAGAAGGCAGGAUGAAGCAGCUUAUUGAUGAGAAGAGAUAUUAUCAGCUGGAGCUCGUGAACAGGGAGACGAACUUUAACAAGGUGUUCAACAACACCACAAAUGUUGGCGUCAUCAACCCACUGGCAAAUAAGAAACCAAAGAAAGGAGAGAAACCGCCCGUGUCCAAACAUUCGAGCCAGCCCAGCCUGGGGACCAACCGUCUGGACCCCCUCCCCAACUCCCCCAUGCACCAUGAGGCCCUGAACCCCAGCAAACCUCUUCCAUCCUUCACCAAGAAGUUUGUCAAAUGAUGACGACUCGACUGUGUUGAUCAGUAGUGCUAGUUAGUGUGAGAGUGUGUGUGUUGACAUCCUAGAGCCAGUAUCUUUUACGGAGACUGUUCCCACCAGGGACCUGGGGGACGAGGCACUGAGCCCAGGAGGGCACUGUACACAUAUCAGAGGAAGAAAAAGGAGUGGUGGAAGGAGGCAGGAAGAAAAAGUGUUAAUUAUCUUUUGUGUGUUGUAAGAGAGAGAGAGAGAGGAGAGAGAGAGAGAGAGAGCGAGAGAGAGAGAGAGAGAGAGAGAGAGAGAAAUUUUGUUAACAUCUAACAGUGACAGAAUACCUUUUCUUGUUGAUGAAAUAGUUGACACCUGUUGAGAUAUGCGUGUCAAAGUACAGAUCAGAUCAGAAGCCAAGCUGUGAUAACCCAUCAUUUAACUCAGUAUUGCAUUUGUAUGUAUUUAUAUGAGCUAUAUAUAUAGAGUAUUUCCGUCCAGAUUUUACAUUGUCUGAGUGUAUAGUUCUGGUUACUCCUCAGUUAGGGGCGAUGUGAUACAUGUUUAAUUUUUUGUUAAAAUAUGCUCUGUUUCUUGGAAUUACUUUUACCAUUAGGAUUUUUUCUUACCCAAUUGGAACUUUUGUUACUGAACUUUUUGUUGGGAUAAAAUGCUAUUAGUAUUUGAGAUCAUGUGAAAAACACUUAAAUUGGUCGUUGGGAAAUAAAUGUGAGACCAAG